ACACACAGACACACACACACACACACACACCAGUUCUGGACUCUGAAAAUGUUUUUUCAGCCUCCAGGUCGUCCAGUCGUCAGCAGUCGAUGGAGCAGAGUUUGUCCAACCUGAGCAGCAUCGUCCAAUCACUGAACACCUCACUGCAGCAUGCCCAUGAAACAGCCAGAGAGGUGAAGCGGCUGCAGUCAGCUGUGGCCAACAACAACGAUCAGCUGAUCUCAGUGGCCGAGGCGUUGAAGCAGCUGUCCGUCGUGGAGUCUCUCAGCAGGAGCGUUGCUUCACUCAAAUGUUCCCUCGAACGCAUCAUCAACAACAGCUCUGCAGUGGACGGCUGCUGUCCGGUGGGUUGGGAUCACUUCCAGUCGAACUGUUUCCUCUUCAGCUCGUUGACUCUGACCUGGAACCAGUCCAGACUGUGGUGUGACAGACAGGGAGCUCACCUGGUCAUACUGCACGACGACAAGGCCUGGGACUUUGUGACCCGUCGUGCGGUUCCUGUGUUUUACUGGGUCGGUCUGUCUGAUUGGAGAACCGGUCGGUGGGAGUGGGUCAACUGGACGCCGUACACCAUGAUACGCAGGCAGUGGACACCCGGACAGCCGGACAACUGGGAUGGUCACGGCAUGGGCAGAGGAGGAGAAGACUGUGUCCACCUGCACCACGACGGACGCCUCAACGACCUGCACUGUGACACCCAGAUGAACUUCAUCUGCCAGAAACACAGCACACGCGUGUGAAACACAGCACACGCGUGUGAAACACAGCACACGUUCAACACUGACACACACAUGAAGUCAUGUGACUGAACCAUGUGAUGUUUUUUGAUUUAAUACAAUAAACUUACAAAGAAAAUCACA